AUGGGAAGGCCGAGCGAGACGAGCGAAGAGUCCAUCGUGGACUUGAAGGUGCCUUGCGAGAGGCAAGACAGUGGCCCCAGCCAGAGUAGCGACGGCACUGCACCAAGUCGAUGGGGAUUGGGUUCCGGCGAAUCCGGGGCAUCUGAUUCGGACCUCGUGGAAGCGAUGAUACCAGCUCUGGUAGAACGGAUUGCCAGGAUGGAUGUGUUAAACCCAGAGGUCUUGAGGGUGACGCCGGUGGUUGGCGCCUUGGAGAAUUUUGCUGUAGCAUUGCGUGUUGGAUCUGCUGGGAGUUUCUACCAGAAGAGUCACAAGAGCCAAAAAAUAUCGACAUUUUGGAGUCACUCUUGGCAUGGAGGGCAUUGGAAGAAGAUCUUCGCCAUUAUAACUCUCUACAACGGCACUGCUGCAGUAUUGCUGUCGUUGCUCACCGGGGCGUGCAUGAUGUUGCUCUUUGGUCUGAGAACCCUUCCUGGAAUUGACCGUGGAUGGUUGGAUGAAACUGUUCAGUGGUCUUGCUGGUCAACAUUUUCAGGGUUCGUCGUCGCAAGUCUUGUCAUGAUGUUCUGGCAGCCACGCACUGAAGUUUUCCUUGACCGUAUAUGUAUCAGCCAAAACGAUGAUCGCUUGAAGGCAGAGGCCAUACUCAGCCUGGCAGGACUUUUGAAAAAAUCCGACAGAAUGCUCAUUCUGUGGGACCCGACAUGGACUCAGAGGUUGUGGUGCUUGUUCGAGCUUGCCGCCUUCCUGAAAAGCAAGACGUCGUCACAACAGCACCUCAUCGUCAGGCCCAUCUUCAUGGGCCCUCUUUCCAUCGCAGUCUAUCUUACUUUUGCUGCCUUUGCAAUGCCAAUGGCAGUAGUACCUCUACCUGGCUUCGACGCAAGAACCGUCGCGCAGCUGCUGUCAGCCAUUGUCUUCUGCAUGCUCGUGGUUGCAGUCCCGACUGUCAGCACCAUCCGAAGCUACUUUCGCGACUUGGACACCAUGACGCUGCAGUUGUCUUCGAUCUCUGUUGAUUCUACAAGGAGUACAUGCUGUGAUACACAUCAUGUGACCCCUGAGGGUGGACGCAUUCUUUGCGACCGUAAGAUCGUGAAAGAGUGUGUGAAGAUUUGGUUUGGCAGCGAGCUAACUUUCCAGGACACGGUGCGCGCUGAGGUUCUAGACAUUUUGAACCGUAAUCUUACUCAGAAGGUAUUCAGUACUCCAUGGGCUUUGGGAGUGACUUCUCCAAUCAUGCUGGCUUUCAUGGACGUCUCUGUCAGUUUUGCUCACCUUGGCAGUCUUUGGGAGCCGUGGGAUCAUAAUGCUGUUGCCCUUCUACUCGAAGGAUUGACGAUUUGGUUCCUAUUCGUCCCAGCCAACAAGGACCUCUUGAUACUUUUGAUAAGGAUUGGUCGGCGGAGACCAAGGAGUACUUGUCUUGAGCUCCUUAAGAACCUAUCGGUGUUGGCAGCAGCUGCUGUCCCUGCACUUGCAUUGAUAGUAGCUUAUGGCCUCACUCGUUUCACUAUCUAUGUCGAAGCUGCAGGUCCGGGUCUUAAUGCAGUGGGUUUUGCAUGCUGCACACUGCUCAUAUCACUGUGCAACUUCCUCGUAGGACUUGGCCUGAAGGCAUUGUUACGCCGGCCUGGUUGGUAA